AUGCUUCUCAUUUUCAUCUAUCUUCGUAUUCCCUACAGGAUAUUCCUCUUGAGCAGGUCAUACGCUGCACAUUGCACAGACACCGAGAGAUGGUACAACACCAAGUACUUAAGAGUGGAUAUUCCGGAUUCCAACCUUCAAGCUUGGCGUGAAGUGGAAUGUGAUAAAGAGAUGACUCUUCCAACCCCGAACAAAUAUAUCGCCACCGAGUUCACUGUUCACCCCAGACCGAAAGAUUUCUCAAAUGUGGCUCCCGAGUUAUUGGUAUCCACCGAUUUGUCUCGCCUAUGGUUUUUCCCUGACAACCAGUUUAGCCCUUCCGAAGGCUUUUAUCACAUUCCACUUUAUCAGGUUAGUGGUCAUUCACUGUACUCUUUACAUGCAUGUUUGAUGUCCUUCACAUGUUAG